AUGGCCUCCUAUCCUGCCGGUUUCCGAGUGGCACAGGCUAUUGGCAUUUCCGGGGCCGCCUGGCUAUCUGGGAACAUUGCUGCCCUCAGCAUGAAUGUCACACCGGCUCUGCUCCAGUCCUGGCAAGAAGACAAUAUCCCCUUGACGUUCCUUGUCAAGCAAUGGAGGAAUAUUUAUGAAAAUGGCAAAAGUCAGAACCCUCCUAUCGCUGCGGCCGCAGGCAUAUCAUUUGUCUAUCUGGCCUGGUCCGUCAGAUGCAGAGCACCGCAAUCCAAGCCCACACUCCUCAACCGCAGCGCUCUCUUUUCAGCAGCGGCGGUGUUAGUUAUUGGAAUCAUCCCAUACACCAUUCUGACUAUGUCGACUGUCAACAAUUCCCUACUGCAGAAAGCUCUGUCAACAUCGGAGUUGGUGGAGGCGGAAACAGCCAGCUUAAUUGAGCGGUGGACAACACUCAACACGCUUAGAAGCAUUCUACCCCUUGCCGGGGCUAUUUGCGGGAUUCUGGCGUCAUUAUUGUAA